AUGUGGCCGCUGCACGUCAUGGCGUCCGCCGAGUGGACCGUGGCGGACCUGGUGGCGGCCGCCGUGGCGCUCUACGUCAAGGAAGGCCGCCGGCCGCUGCUGCCGUCCACCGACCCGGCAGCCUUCGGCCUCCACUACUCCCAGUUCAGCUUGGAGAGUCUGAACCCAAAGGAGAAGAUUAUGGAACUGGGCUCCAGGAGCUUCUUCCUGUGCCCAACAUCUUCAGCUGCCGGCGGUCAGGAUGUUUCAUCGUCCUCCGGCACAGCAAACGGGGUCAUCAGGGCGGCAUCAGGGAAAACACCGGCCUGGCUGAGCUACAUGGCGUUCUGGCCGACGAUGUAA